AUGCCUAGAGUAUCAGCUAGGAGUAAUAAAGGGACGCACAGCAGGCGUGAUGACGAGUCUUAUGAAGAUGUUAUUCCCACACAAAGCACAUUGAAUGGAAAAGACAAAGUCAACCCUCGCAAGAGCUCUGAAGACGAUCCAACUUACGCCGAUGAUGGUCAAGCCGAUGAAAAUAAUAAUGAUGACGACCAUGAUGGCGACCAUGAGGAGAUAAACUGUGGACCUUGUGGAACGACGACGGAGAAUUUUGAUGAAGAUACAGACCCAUAUGGUGAUAUGAUUCAAUGUGAUAAAUGCAAUACUUGGCAACAUAUAAAAUGUAUGGGGUUGAAGAAGAGAUCAGUUCCUGAUGACUAUAUAUGUGAUGAGUGCUCAGGUACACCAAGGCCCAAGAUCAACAAGAGAAAUCUGUCAGUUUCGUCGGCUGCAGCAACAGGUGAACCAGGUGCUAAAAGAAGAAAAAGUUCGACAACGACAAAGACGACAUCACGAAGUUCCAGUGGAGAUCAAUCGCCAGCCCCUGUUGAUGGGCCUUCGAAAAUCCUUCAAAAAUUGAGUGACCCAACCCGAAUUAGUAUUGCCAAAGCAUUUUACAACUUUUUCAAAAAGACGUACCCCACCAAAGAAGGAGAAGAUGCCGUGAGUGAAGAAACCAAGGAGGAUAAAGUCACUUCAUUAGCAUUGGAAAUUGAAGAUAUCAUUGAUCGCGAGUUUCCUGCCAAAAAGACCAAAGCAAAAUACACCGAUGAAAGCCGAAGAGUCUUGUUUGUGUUGAAGAAACAUUUCACUAAUGACAUAUUUGCCGGAAAGAUAACUUUAGAAGACGUGGUGAAGAAGACGCCACAAGAAAUAAAUGAAGAUAUUGCUAGGAUUGAACAACAAAAUAAGGAGAAUAUCAAGAAUAUAGUGUUGGUUGAAAUUGAACAGGAUCAAAUUGUUCGCAAGACUCAUAAGGGUGAUAUUAUUAAAGAAAACGAAAACGAAGUAAUUGAUCACAUUGAUGAGAGUAUAGCAACGAGAAAAGUUGAUCAUCGUCGAUUUUCUCCUGAUUCUAGCACUGCCGCCGCUACUACUAAGACGCAAAUGAAGAUUAUUCCGCCAUCAAUUGAGCAAACGGCAUAUAAUAAUGCCAACCCUAGAUUGGGUGGUGAUGAUUUUUCCAGUGACAAUGAACAUAGUGAUAUUCAAAAUGCCGUUAGUGAUUAUGGCAGCGAUAUUGGCGAAGAUGCCAAUGAUGAUGAUGAAGUGGGAAAAGAGGGUAGACAUGGGGACAAUAGUCAUGGUAGACCAAAGUCGAAUGGUAAUGACGAUGCAAAUAUCGAGACUAAAUCAACUAGUUCGUUGAGUGAUGCACAAACUAGUGAAACCCCAGAUGAAGAGAGGUUGGGUCCUAUAUUAGGCGUUGAUUCUAAAACCACCUCACAGGUAAAUAGCCACAGUGGAGAUGGAGCUGAUACCAAGGAUGCCGCAACUACAUCCUCUACCACCAAGCAGCUAGUCUGGCGUGGAUCAAUUACAUUCCCCGACUUUGCUCAAUUCAAUGCUGAUACCAAGUUCUAUUCUACAACCGAUUGUGAAUCGAAUACUGAAAAUGCAAUACAAACAGCUAAAAACAUAUUUACCGAGUCGAAAUACGUAAUCCAAGGUAAAUUGGGCCGUGAUAGAUGCGAUUCCUACUUGAAUGCCAUUGUAUCCACGAGGAAUUUGUACAUUGUGCAAGUUUUCCCCACCAGUAAUAAUCAUGAUGAUGCCUUCGACAAGGAUAAGAAUCAGCGGCAUUUUGACAAGUUGUAUCAUUUCUUAAUCAAGGAGAACCGAGUCGGUGUCUUGAGUGGCAAGCCUUCGUUUGUUAAGGAUUCAUAUUUGAUGCCUAUUGAUUUUAGAGACCCGAAGUUGGCACAAGUUUUGCAAAAUCUUAAACAGGGACAAGAAAUUGGAUUGUUUGCUGUGUUUGUUGUUCAAAAGAAUUAUACCCCGCGUGGGUCAACAGCGGGUGCAGGUGCUAGUAGUGCUCGCAGUAAUGGUCAUGGCAACUAUGGAGAUUCGCACAGGCCCAGCUAUGCUCGUGGUGGACCGAGCUAUUCUGAUGUGAGCAGUUCACUGGUGCCUCAGGUUGGACACGGUGAUGGAAAUGAUGGAAAUGAUUUGCAUUCGAUUUUGAAUCAGUUGCAGUAA